GACCGUGGGGAGGAAGUUGGGUUGCUCGUGCGAGCGUGUCUAUUCUGCGUUUCGUUGCCGUUGGUGCUGGUUGGUGGUUCGGUCGCUGCUGCUUGCUCGCUGCUGCUGCUGCCGACAAGUGCUCGCGCGCGCGCGCGCUCAACUCCUCGGAUCGGAAACUUGGUUACGCGCUUGGUUACCCGCCUCCAACGUUCGUCUUGGCCUUAACAUCGCCACUUCUGAUUUCUUCUGACUGCGGGUUCUUCCCCGGUUCGAGCGCCGCCAGCCAAGACGGCGCUGACUCCCGCAACGCCCCACAUGCCAUGGGAGCUUGCUCACAGCUCAAGCUAGUGCUAUGGAAGAACAUAGUGCUCCGGCUACGGCAACCGGUGAUCCUCGCCCUAGAACUGCUGUGGCCACUUACCAUUUUUCUUCUUGUUCUACUCCUACGGAAGGUCGUCCCUCCAGUUAGCCAAGAAACAUGUUACUACAACGCCCGGGCCCUACCCAGCGCCGGUGGACUGCCCCUGCUGCAGUCGCUCAUAUGCAACGUAGACAACAAGUGCCUUAACAAAUCUUCCUACGAGGAAAUACCCACUUAUCCUGGGUCAAGGAUAAACGAGCUAGUCCAAGAUUUAUCACCGCUGCUUCAAGAUGAAAGUAUAUUGUCCGUUAUCAAGUCUCUACCUGUGCUGGCCGAUCUCCUUAGGCCUUUGGAGGCCCUGUUUCAAGACGAGACGACGCAGAAGCUCCUCGGCAAGGGACUCCCACUGACGGAUGUCAUUGGCAACAAGCGACAUGCAAGAAGCAUCCUGCUUGGCCAUACCAACAUGACACCUGAAACGGUGGACGCGCUUCUGGAGUCGCGCAUCAACGUGCCUGCAGUGCUGCAUGUUCUCGCAUCGAGUCUGAAACAGAAGAGCAGCCAUGAAUGCAACGUCGACACACUAUCAUCGUACAUUAUGCUAAAGGACGCUGGCGUACUACAGGCAGUGGCUGGCUCACUGUGCAACAUGUCCAAGGAAAAUCAAGUGAACCUCAUGAAGGAACUGCAGUCCGUGUUCGAUUACGGAAAAGUCAUGAACCUGGUGUCCCAAGUCGUGAAAAGCCUGGGACUGGACGACUUCAGCCUCUCAAUGGAGAAGGUCGGCGGCAUGGUUACGGCAUUCGGUAGCAUCAGCGAACAGAUGCCCAGCGAUUUCUCGGGAAGCCUCGAGGCCCUUCGAGCUCUCAUUCAGGACUUUACCGACCAGCAGCUCAACGUCGAUCUGUUAAAAGCGGUUUGGGAUGACGUCGGGCAGGUCGUGCCGAGUCCAGAAAAAGAACUUGUGAACACCAUCAUGGAAUGGAUUUCGGGAAGCAAGGACCACACUGGUCCUCCCAACUUCGGCUUAGAAGCAGAUAUUUCCACAAGCACCCCAUCUAGUCGAGAGAGCACUCUAGGAGACGUUCUUAACACUGCCGUCAAGCUUGUGAACGACCUUCAGUCACCGAGUGGCUCUGGGUCAAAGGCCAGCCGCUUCUUUCAGGCACUCUUCAAUUUCGACAAAUCAACUACUAUACAGGAAAUGCUCGACGCCAUGGAUGACCUGAUGUCAAUGAAGCAGGAAACGCCAGGAAAGAAACGGACGAGGCAGGAUGCGAUGUACUACACUGCGAGACUUAUCGGCAUUGUGGUAGAGUUCAUGCGAGCAGAUUUACAGAAAUCGCACGAGGACGGUCAAAACGCUUUUUUUCCUCAAAUGGUAGAAAGCCUGAUAACAACCUUCUCAUCGAACAAAAGGGUCAAUCGCAUACUGUCGUCCAAGGGAAUUUUGAAUGUGGCCUGCAAUGAAGACAAUUUUAAAACAACAUUUCACGUCCCAGUUUCUUCUGACAAAAUCAACGACCUCCAAGUCUUCACAUGCCACUUUUUGAAAGAUAUUGUCCCUGCAUUUCUGAAAACGUUUCGGGAUGUUUCUGCUGCUGAAGAAAAAGACGACAUGACGUGGAAUCCUAUGAGCGUCAGGAUAUCAGAUAUCACUGGGCUUUUGAACAAGACUGUCAAUAUGAAGAGACUCUCAUACAACUGGAAUGGCGUUUCUAAGGCUGGAGCGAAAUUUGAAAGCCAGUGGGACGCAAAGACAAGACAGGAAAGGAUUACAUCUGCAAUGAAGAUUGUUCAGACGGUCUCAAACUAUGUCUCUCUUCAGCGGGUAAAGUACUGGAAUGACUUUCUUGCUGUGUUUUACAUGGCUGACCAGAUAACAGAUUUAUUGAACCAGAUAAUGGGAGGUGUAUUAGUGGAAGGAGGAAUCACUGUGCGUAACAUUGCACUGAACGUUCCCAGUAUGAACGUUAUUAUUUCUGAAAUAUUGGAAUUCGUGCCUGAUUUUAUACGUAUUGGGAUGAAGGUCCUCCAAACUGACCUAGGCAACCUCAUUGAAAAACUGGAAGAGAACAAGAUGAAAAGAUUUUACGUGCCCUGCCAGAGCGGCAAGUUUGCCGACCUCUUGAGCGUGGGAAAAACGGAGAGCUUGUCGAAACUCGAAGAGAAGAUGUGCCAACAAGUUCCUCUCCUUGUGACCGAGUUCUUUUCGGAGCGCCAUAUAGCAGCCAUAUCCACAAUGAUGCAGAAAGUGAAUCACGGUCAGGACGUUCCAUUCAGUUGGACCACAAUGGGUGGGCGUUUGAAUGUGUUGCUCAGGAAUGUGGAGGUACUCAGGGGCAAGAAGGUGUCAGCGUUUAUGGACGUCCCAGCACUUCACGGACCGGCCAUGAAAGAUGCUCUCAAGCAGGCCAGGGCUGCCUUCGGCGCUGACGACACACCGGAGGGGAAGGCAAGCGCAGUGCUUCAAUUGGUCAGCGUCGCUUUCCAAGAACUGGACACAAACCUGAAUCACACUCUGGCACCGUAUUUGCUCAAGAUAGCCUCAUUUCUCACCACCAGCGAAAGCAUGCUGUCUGAACCAACGGGCAGCCAACAAACAACUGUGUCUGAGCUCUUCAAGAACGCCAAUGACGUUGAGUUGCUGGUUCGUUGGGUGAACAACUACCUCGUUAAACUCAUGGAGUAUUUCGUUCAUACGUUGACAGUGGAACCAAAAAAGAUUUCGUACCUCCUGAAGCAGCAGUACGCAAUUGACGAUUUCUGCAAUAACCGAGUGCAAGAUUACCUCACAGUGCCCGUGCAGGAGGUAGAGAUCGCCACCUCAGCUCUCCAAGACCUCUGUGCGAUCAAUUUUACUGGUGUCCACGAACUAUUGCAGAAAAGUGACAGCACACCAUCACUUCCAAAACAAGACCAGCUACAAUGGUUCCUCGAGACCCUGCAUCGUAUCGUAAGCUUACUGCAGAGCGAAGAACCGCAGACGGGAGCUUCUCGCUUGUUCAACAGCACUCAGUGGCAUCAUUUCCUCUCCAAUAACUUUUGGGAUUCCAGAUCAUCUGCUAAUCGACUCAGGGUAAUGGCUGCUCUCAAAGGAAUCACCGUCGUUUUUGAAAAUGACACUGCAGCGCUGGAGUCUAUAUUUAAGGCAACUUCGAAAACAGCGUGCAGGUUAAGGGCUCCAUUUUGGAACUUGAAGUGGAAAAGCCUGCUGCAAAAUAACAAAAACAACAAGAAUAUCAAUGCAAUUCUGCAAGUCUUAAAUGCCAGCACGAAUAUUGCUGAUGUCACUUUUGACACGGUCAUGGAAUCAAAAUAUGUGAAAGCCAUAGUUACUGACUUUGCCAAUGCCAAAGACGGUCUCCAGAGAUUUUGCUCUUUAAAGACGACUGAAUGGACCAAGUAUUUCGCCUUUGACAACAAUGUAGACAAUCUUCCGGCAGACUCAAUUCAUCAUUUAGCCUGCAAAUUUAGCGGCCCGGAUACGGUCAAAGAACUGAAGUCAAAGUGCGAUGAAAUUCAGGCGAAUCCAGCAAAUGCGGACGAUGUGAGCAAAUUUUACGACAGUGCCAUGGAUAUUUACGAUGAACUGGCUGCCUCGUACAGAUCAGGUUCCACUACAGAUGUGCCGUUUUUGACUGCCGAUAAAUGGAAGGAGCUAUUUGAAUCCUUUUUCAAUCAACUGAGCAACGGUCUCUUGAAGGUUGACUUAAAAAAGGUCGAAACAUGGUCUUCACUGCUAGAAGCUCAAUUUCAAAGUGACGAAGCCCGCAACAACUACCACCAUGCCCUGGGUGCCCUUAAAUAUUUGGUGCACACGAUGACACGGCAGUAUAAAGGAUCGUCAAUGAUACCGAUUGAAGAUGCAUUUGGUAACAAGACAAACACAGCUUCUUUUCUAAACACGUGGCUCCCGAUGCUUCCAGCGGCUGCUGAAACGAUGAUGUCAUCACUGAUUGUUCAGCAGAAAGCAAAGAAUCCUUCUCCCGUGGGUAAUUUUCUUCAAGUGCAAAGCCAAAUAUGCAAACAGUGGAACGAAACUGAUAUGGUGCGUCAUGAUCUGGAGAGAUACAUGUUCACGCACGCAAUUUGCAGCACGAACUUCACCGCCAUUAUUCAAGAACUAAUGACAGAUUCAAAUACCAUAAAAGACCUAGAAACGUCUCAAGAAGCGAAACAUUUUGCUUGGGAAAUGUACAAUUUGGUCAAGAGGCUCACGACCACCAAGGGGUCACUAGUAAAUUCUACGGAUCAGCGACAUUCCAUGAGCGACGACGUCUCAUUCCUCUCUCCGUGGGAAACAUUUAACAUCAACAGAGCUCUACUGGACGCACGGACGUCCGACAGUGUCGCCGUUAAGAAGGGAAUUGUCGCCCUCAUUCGAAUGAGAAGGCUGUUGAGUUUCUUGGACGACAAAACUGCAUGGGAAACGUUGUCUAAGUUCACAAAGUUGUUGCUCGCAAGAGGUCAGCUCAGCGCUGCGCAACUGUCCGAAGAAAUCAGGAAGUUCUAUCAUUAUGCAAUGCUUGCCUCGGAAUCACGAACAGAAGAUGCUGACUUGCUUGUGAGCAUUUUCACUAUGGACAAGUGGAAUGACUACAAAGAAACGAUGCAAGCCAUAAAUGCUAGCCAGGUGCGGGACCGUGUCAGUGUGGACACUGAAUGGAUCGAACAAAUGCCAGAAGCGAAACUUGCUUUCUCCCUCGAGGAAAUGGACAGGCUCGCUGAAGAGAUUGCCGCGGGUUAUCACAGUGACGGCAACGGCACGGUGAUACUCCUGAACGACGAACAAGUCAGCUCGACAGUUACCAGCUUCCUGGACGGUUAUGCGAGCAGGCCCAUGCACAGUGCAAUGCGUCUGUUUCUAAGCAUGAUGUGGAUGGUGCACCAGAAUGCAAGCAAUGCGCCUCUGUGGAAUUCUGCGGUCCCCGCACUGCUAGACCUCGCUGCGAGCCUCAACUCCUACUUCGAGCAAUUGCCUUCAGAAAAUGCUUACGUUGCACAAAGAAGAAUGGCUUCAUGUCCAAGAUGCUUCGGCUCCGUCAUCCUGGACGAUAAACAAGAGCUAUUAAGGCACCUGGUUUCACAGAAGUCGUUCAACAGUCCAGCAGAACUUGUUCGCUUUUUCUCCCUCGUUCUUAAUGUUACAGAUGACUACUUUUGUGAACAUAACCAAAGCGCCCCGUAUGCUGCCAUUUUAGAUGUUGUGUCCGAUCGUCUUCAAGAUUUUCCAGAGCCGAAAGAGCUGAUAUGUGCGCUUCCAAGUAAAACCGCCACGGAUGCCUACAAGUGGGUUUCUCACAGACUUGGCCUCCGAAAUUUCAUCUCAAAGCUUCAAAUGGCCAUCAGGUACCCCACUACACCUCAUAAGCAGAAAUGCAAGACCAUCGCCGGUGUUCUAGCAGCUAGUGGGAACAUCAUCGAUACCUAUGUCAGUGAGCUCACAGAGGACUAUUAUUACCAGAAGCUCGAACCUUGCAUUGAUGAGUAUCACAAUGGAACGCUCAAGGACAGUGUCGAAAGGUACAUAACUUUCACCAGACAUCUGUUCGAUCUUGCCAAGGAGCUUCUGCUGAAGAGAAGCAGUCAAGAUGAGUCUCUGCUUCAGUUCCUCGUAAACAAGGUCGCCGGCGAACUACCUGUUUAUACAACAUUACCGGAAAUCGUUAGUAUCAAGAUGCUAAACGAAACAUUGCAUGGAGGAACCAGCUCAUGGGCGGACGUGAUCGAAAGUGCUGACAUAAACCUGAAUUGGUUGGUUCGUCAUAACUUCUCGAAAGAAUCGUUUCAAGAGGCAUUUUGUAGCAGCCCCAAAAGGCGUUUGCUUGAGUACAAAUCCGAGGGUGAACAAAACCUGUGCGACACUGAUUUUGUGGAAGCAGUUGCCCGAUCUGUGUUCAACGCAUCUGGGAUUGCGAAACAGGUUAUGGAAGCACAGACCAAGGCAUUCUAUGCAGCGAAGUGGCUGGACGAAAUCCUGAAGGGUGCGACCACACUGUGGGACGCUAUGUCCAAGCUUUUGCAGUCGACCAAAGCUCUUUCACUUGGCACUUCGAGUGACAACGUGGGCGACACACUGUCCUCGGUUAUAACAUUACUCGACGACAACGUCCUCAAGGAACUCAUAAGCAGCUUGGACAAAGUGCAGGAGAUAACAGAAGCUAUUUUUCCUGGAGGUUCUAUUGAAGAAUACGUCAACCUGAUUACUCAAGGGCUCAGAGGCGUCAAAAAACUAGGCGAGAGUGGCCUUUUCCACCUGACAUACACCGUCCAGGACACCUUUUCUGAUAAGGAGAGGGCCAAGAAAAUUAUAAAAAGGGAGCUGAACUUGCCCCAAGACCAGCUUGACAAAGUGCUGAGGCAACCUCUGGACGUCGACACGCUCGCCAGGAAUGACAGCAUUAACAACGUCGUGGCAACUGUCAUCUGCAACGCCGUCGAAAGCCAAUCAAGUGUUUCCGGUCCCAGCAAUAAGGAUUUCACGGAACCUUGCACUCCCGCCUUGUCCUCAGAAAUUGAAUAUCGGCCAUUUCCCGACCUCACAAUGUCGAAGGUCAUCAAAAAUUUUGCAGACGCUGUAUUUGAUGGCGUACUACGGGCGUCGAACCUCAGCAAGCAGGUUGUGACGUCUGCCUUAAAAGCACUUAGCACGGCACCGAAAGUCGUUCCAGUGAUACGGGAAAAGUUGUCACUUCUCUCUGAAGCUCUGGAUCCAAAAACCGCAAAAGCGCUGUCUGACCUCAACAUCACUCAGGAUGGCAUCAGCGUGUUGACAAGUCCAGCUGCACUGAGCCUGGUGGGCCAACUACUCUGUGGUUCGCCCCUCAAAGCACUUGAAGACCAAUUUUAUCUCCUAGAACCUUCAUCUCGGGAGCCGACACUUGACGUGCAGGAAAUAGAAGAGCUGCCCAGCAAGUUCUGUCGUCGUGGCUAUGAGCAAGUGAUGAGGAUGUCCGGUGGCCCCAUCAUCUGGGGCUUUCUGAAGCCCAUUCUGCGCGGCCAGAUACUGUAUGCACCGAAAUCGCCAGCUGCUUUCCAAAUCAUGCAAGAGGUGAACAAGACGUUCGAGUCCAUGUCCUUUAUAAUCGACGCUCUUCAUGUUUGGAGCGAGGGAACAAUUGGGCUGAAAUUUCUGACGAAAGAGAAUGGACCAGUGACAAAAUUAAAGGAGCUGAUUGCAUCCAAGAGUCUACAGCCUCUUGCCAAGGACAUGCUUGGCGAUGAUGUGUACGCCUUUCUCACGGACCUCAACGUUGAAGACUUGCGUCAUGAAUUCGGCGACCUUGGAGGAUUGCUUGACCUUGUGCAGCUCGUAGGAAGUAUCUCUCAGUGUUUUGAGCUUGACAGGUUCAAGCAGCAUAACAGUGAAGAAGACCUGGUGAAGGCUGCCAUGCAUCUUGGUGCCCGAAGAGAAUUUAUACUAGCCGUUGUCUUCCUCAACCUGGAUACAAAUAUGGGCCUACGUCUCGAGAAUGGAUCCACAGUGAAAUCCUUGCUGCCUCCAGAUGUUCAGUACAAGAUCAGAAUGGACAUCGACAAUGUGCCUCUCACAAAAACUGUUAAGUCCAGGUUCUGGCAACCAGGUGCAAACGAUGACUUCUUGGAUGACAUGCGAUACCUACGAGGCUUUGCACACUUUCAGGAGCUCAUAGACAAGGCAAUCACCAAGAUGCAUGUGGGAAAGUCAUUUGACUACCCUCCAAGCUACCUGCAACAGUUCCCUUAUCCCUGCUACAUAAAAGAUUCAGUGGGAUAUUACAUCAAAUCAAUGUUACCACUGGUAUUCACAUUAGCCUGGAUUUUCCUGGUGGCGUUCUUUGUGCGAGAAAGGGUCCUGCCAAAAGAAUUGCACUUGGAAGAAAUCAUGCAGGUUAUGGGCCUGAAAUCAUGGAUUGACUGGAGCGCAUGGUUCCUGAUCAGCAUAUCUAUUUCCAUUGGCAUUGUCGCGUGCACAACUGUCAUCCUGUGCUAUGGAGGCAUCUUACCAUACAGCAAUCCUCUCCUCCUCUUCAUUUUCUAUGGAACCUUUGCACUCUCAGUGCUCAUGUUUUGUUACAUGGUCAGCAUAUUCUUCCAGUCAGCUACUGUGGCGUCACUGACUGGAAUAGUGGGAUACUUGAUCAGCUUCCUGCCCUUUGUGAUAGCUGUGUCUAUGGAAGCAACCUUUUCACUAAAACAAAAGCUCAUUCUAUGUCUCUCCAUGUCGACAUCAUUUAGCUAUGGCUGCCUCUACAUUAGUAGAUUUGAAGAACAAGGCUUAGGCGUGCAAUGGGAAUACCUGUGGCAAAGCCCAAUUCCAGGAGACACCAUGAACAUGGGAUACUGUAUUACCAUGAUGGCAAUCGACAGCUUGGUGUACUUCAUGAUAGCGCUUAUAAUGUCAAAUGUAUUUUUAGGUGAAAAGGCAUCUUUCUCUAAACGAAAACUGCUGGCCUUUUUCUCAGCUAAGAACAGUGGUUCAACAACACAGUACUACUUACAAAACGGUGUAAACGGCAGCAUCAGACCACAUCUUCUAAAAGCUCCUUGCAUUCUGAACGAUGACAAAGUGCCAAUGGCAUCAACUGGCAUAUCCAUACAGGACUUGUGUAUUGCCUACAACAGUGGGAAGGCUGCAGAACGAAUAGCUGUGUCCCAUUUGUCCCUUAAUUUUGAUGAAGGCCACAUCAACACACUUCUCGGCCAGAAUGGUGCAGGAAAGACCAGUACAAUAAAGGUGCUGACUGGACAACACUCGGCAACUUCCGGUGAAGUGUACGUGUAUGGGAGCAAUGUCAACAAUGCGGCAAAGGAAAUAAGGAAGUACUUGGGUUAUUGUCCUCAGUACAACACACUGUAUGGAAAGCUUACUGUCAAAGAACAUCUUAUUUUCUUUGGCAAUCUUAAAGAACUGCUGACACCAGAGGAAGUGGAAGAAGAUGUUGAAAGGCUGCUACGACAAAUGGGUCUGAAGCACAUGGAAAACAAGCAGGCAUGCCAUCUGUCUGGAGGCCUCCAGCGAAGGCUGUGUGUUGCCUUCUCCUUUGUAGGGGGCUCAAAACUUGUCAUUUUGGAUGAGCCCACAAGUAGUGUGGAUCCAAUGGCACGCCGAAACAUAUGGGACCUCAUAUUAAAGCACAAACAUGAUCGCACAAUUGUGCUUACAACUCACCACAUGGAUGAAGCGGACGUGCUCAGCGACAAAGUUGCAAUUAUUCACAAGGGUAAACUGCUGUGUGAAGGCUCUCCACUUGUACUAAAGAGCAAGUUUGGCUUUGGCUACAAGCUAUCAUUGACAAGAACCUGCUCAGAGCCUAACAAGGACAGUGACUCUGGACACUCAUCGAAUGUGUCAAGAACAAGUAUUGAUGAUGAUUCUUCUGACAUUGAGGGAAUCCUUCGUGUUAUCAGAGGCAUUGUUCCACCAGCUCAAGUCAUAGAAAACAAUGGUGGAGAGGUGGUGAUCAGCCUCCCUCAACGAGAUCCAGAGAAGAACAUCCUCUACUCCUUCUCGCACCUCCUUUCACUACUUGACGAACGCAUGCUUGAGUUUGGAUUUGGAAACUAUGGUCUCUCAAGCACAACACUUGAAGAAGUGUUUCUUUCCUUAUGUGCCCUGUGCGAUGCUGGCAAACCAGUGCAGCCAGGCCAUGCACUGCCUACUACAGUGAAAUACGGAAUUGCUGACAGACGUGACAAGCUUCAUCACACAGAUGUCACACUAGAAUGCCCUGACUUCAGGCAUUCUUUGGGAACUGCACACCCUCUGAUGGGACGCAAACUAAAAGCAAGUCAAUUCAAAGCACUUAUCCUGAAACGUUUCUACCACACCGUGAACAACUGGAAGGCAAUAUUCUUUAGCAUUGUGCUUCCAUGCACAUUCAUUGCCAUCGCCAUGGGCUUCACUAUGAUUGCACCAGCAACUGUACCUGAGCCAUCACUGAGGCUGUCAACACAACUAUACGGGCCUGGAACAGUUGGUUUCAUAAGUGAGAUUCCACCAACUGAUGUGUCGGGAAGGAUGCUAUCUUUUCCUGGAGUAGGUCCAUCCUGUCUAGAAAGAAAUGCACCACAGUCGCAGUGCAUGAGCAUUACUGGCAUGACAAGCGAUGCCUUGGAGAUACCAAAAGGAGCACUCCAUUACACCUGUGACACUUCAGAAAUUCAAGAAGAAUGGGAGGAUGUGCCAAGUGUUAUGACAGAAACCACUGAUGUUGUGUACAAUGUCACGGGACUGAACGUACCAAAUUAUCUCCUGACAUCAUUCCCAGCUUUCAUAGAACGAAGGUAUGGAGGCUGGUCCUUCGAGAAGAAGCAGGUAAAAGUAUGGUAUGACAACACGGGCUUUCAUUCGAUGCCUGCAUAUCAAAAUGCACUCAGCAACGCUAUUCUCAGGUCUGCCAUCAGUCACUCCACAUCUCCUCUAAAUGCAUCCAGAGUGGGGAUCACGGUGUACAACCACCCUCUUCAUUUGUCUUCCGAACAGCUUGGGAAACAGACAAUACUUGGCCACGUCGCUGAAGUGGGCAUUGCUAUGGUUGUGCUCAUGGGCUUGGCGUUCAUUCCAUCACGAGUUAUUGUAUACGUCGUGAAUGAACGCAUACGUGAUGAGAAACAAGUUCAAAGCAUCUCUGGAGUGGGAACGCUGCUGUACUGGACAACUACAUUCAUUUGGGACAUGGGAAUUGUUCUUGCAACAGUUGCCCUUUCUGCUCUCAUCAUCAUUGCUUUCGGGCUCCCUGUUUAUGUCAGCAAGCUCAACUUCCCGGCCGUGCUACUGCUCAUGAUUCUGUUCGGGUGGGGUACCACACCUCUCAUGUACUGCUUGUCACGGUUGUUCAAGGAAGCAAGCAUCUCUUUUGUGGUGUUGUACUGCGUCAACUUGUUCAUCGGUCUCAACAUAGCAAUCAUCAUGCUGGUGUUGAACAUGAUCCAGAUAAACUCUGGUAAUCGUCAACUGAUGACUGGACUGCAGAAUGCUGCACUUGUUUUCCCACAGUAUGCCCUGAUUGGCGGCUUUGUCAGCCUGGCUAAGAAUCACAUUCAGGCUGACAUAUACGCUCGCUUCGGCCAGGACACCUACGAAAACCCUUUCAGCAAUGAAGUCCUUAAUUACAACUUUUAUGCCAUGUUCUUGGUUGGAAUAGUCUUUUUUUGCAUAAACCUCUUCCUUGAGUGUCACUUGAAAGCAUCAUCGCGUCCCAGGACUCAAAAACAGUUCAGGGUGCCUGAAGACACUGAUGUUACAGCAGAAAGAAUGCGGGCAAAUAGCGACACUGGCAAGAAUGAUGUGUUGAGAGUACUGGAUGUCGUUAAGGUUUACCAAGGACGACACAAAGCAGUGGACAAUGUCUCCUUUGGCAUUCCAAAAGGCGAGUGCUUUGGACUUCUUGGUGUAAAUGGAGCUGGAAAGACAACCUUGUUCCGCAUUCUUACUGGACAGCUUCGGCCUACACAUGGCACCACCCUUGUUCAAGACACAAGAUUGGACAAAGUGUUUGCAAAGGGUACACAGUUAGUGGGCUACUGCCCCCAGGCAGAUGCACUUGAUGACUUGCUGUCUCCAAAGGAGCAUCUUAUGAUUUACUGCAUGAUGCGUGGGAUACCAAAGAACGAGAUCCAGGAGGUUGUCGAGGAAGCCCUCUCAAGGUUCCAGCUUUCUGCUCAUGCUGAUUACAAAGUGGGAACACUCAGCCGUGGCACUAGACGAAAAGUCUGUACAGCCAUCUCUAUGCUUGGAAACCCACAAAUUGUGCUCCUGGAUGAGCCAACAAGUGGAAUGGAUCCUGUUACUCGUAGACUGGUCUGGUCCAACGUUUCCGAAGCAAUUCGGGAAAAGCGCUCUGUCUUGCUAACAUCACACAGCAUGGCCGAAUGCGACCUACUUUGCUCAAGGCUCGCAAUCAUGGUGAAUGGACAACUGUGCUGUAUAGGAAGCCCACAGUACCUCAAACAUAAGUUUGGAGCUGGAUUUACUGUCACGAUACGCAUGGCUGAAAAUGUCCAGGACUGGAAGCAAACAAUUAAAUAUCUAAUCACUCACUUCCCCACGGCAUCACUAAAGGCACAGCACUUCAACAUAGUGGAGUUCAGCUUACCUUCAAAGCAAACGUCGCUUUCCUCUGUGUUUAAAUUCCUGGAGAAAAACAGCAGCGAGCUGAGCAUCUUAGACUUUUCAGUGUCUCAGACGACGCUAGACCAGGUCUUUGUGAACUUUGCACGACAACAGUGUGAUGAAUCAGCGCAAGUCGAGCAAGAAAGGCCAGCGGACACAUCCACUGUUAUAGAAAAAAAUGGCUUUAUCAGCGACGAAGUACCUGCGGUCACUCUUCACAGAUCCAAUCAGCUGCCAACAGCAGAAAAGCAUAAUUUGAAUAAUGAAGCGACGAAGUUUUGACCGGUGCACACAACAGUGGCAGGUCCCUUUAAUUGCCCGUAAGUCCAAGUAUGAUAACGCUGCUCUUUUCUCAAACUGGAGGAACGAGCAGCACGUAGGGCAUUUUACAUCAGCUAUGCAAGAAUGAAAGGUCUCAUUUUUCUCUUCAUCAUCUGGAAGCGUACGGUCCAUGACGACCUCUCGCUGCCAAAACUAUGCAUUCUCUGCAUCCCAACACAUCAAACACCAUGGAAGUGUGCAGUAUGUUUGACGUUUCAAGUGUGUUGCACCAGCUGCAUCAAGUGCUGCUGUAAAACUGUGAACUGUAAAUAAAGUGCAUGUGAAGAAUGA